CACCGGUACAUCCGUGAGGGCAACAGGUAAACAAAUGGCGCAAGCAACGAGCAAGGCUUGUAGCGUCCCGGGCUGUUGUUGUUAUUCCCAAAAGCAGCCAUAUCUGUCGUUUCAUUCCUUCCCUGUUGAUGGUGAAGGUCGACGGAGAUGGGUUCAGGCUAUCCGGCGGGAAGAAGGACCAGACUUUACUAUUAAAACGGGGAGCACGUACGUCUGCAGCAGACACUUCACGUUAGACGACUACGUUUUAGGGAUGAAUUCACCCUUCUCUAUCACUAUCCGCCGCCUGAGACCAGACGCUGUCCCGAGCCUGUUUCCCUGGAACGACUUCACCCCUGAAGGUAAAACGGACCGGGUGUAUGAGCGGAGGCAAAAACGGCAUCCGGUACCGUCUGUAGGAGCCGAGAUAAAGGACAUAACACGGCCGCCAGUAACGUCCGUAAGAGCCGAGAUAAAGGACAUGAAACGGCCGCCAGUACCGUCUGUAAGAGCCGUGAUAAAGGACAUAACACGGCCGCCAGUAACGUCCGUAAGAGCCGAGAUAAAGGACAUGAAACGGCCGCCAGUACCGUCUGUAAGAGCCGUGAUAAAGGACAUAACACGGCCGCCAGUAACGUCCGUAAGAGCCGAGAUAAAGGACAUAACACGGCCGCCGGUACCGUCUGUAGGAGCCGUGAUAAAGGACAUGAAACGGCCGCCGGUACCGUCUGUAGGAGCCGAGAUAAAGGACAUAACACGGCCGCCGGUACCGUCUGUAGGAGCCGUGAUAAAGGACAUGAAACGGCCGCCGGUACCGUCUGUAGGAGCCGUGAUAAAGGACAUGAAACGGCCGCCGGUACCGUCUGUAGGAGCCGAGAUAAAGGACAUAACACGGCCGCCGGUACCGUCUGUAGGAGCCGUGAUAAAGGACAUGAAACGGCCGCCGGUACCGUCUGUAGGAGCCGUGAUAAAGGACAUGAAACGGCCGCCGGUACCGUCUGUAGGAGCCGAGAUAAAGGACAUAACACGGCCGCCGGUACCGUCCGUAGGAGCCGAGAUAAAGAAGGCGUUGUAUGACGCUUUGAAACAGGACCACGAUUAUGCGACGCCGCCGCCUGCAGGUCUGCUAGAUGGGACGGUGGAUUACAUCCAAUACUUGGAAGCCGAGCUGAAGAAGGCCUUGCCGUCGUCGGACCUCUUCAGCCGGUAUUGUGCGUCAGAUGACCAGAUGAGAUUUUACACCAGAUUUCCGUCUGAGCGCGUGUUUAGGAUCUUCUGGGAAUCCAUUGCACCAUCCGCCUCUCAGCUGGUCUACUGGAAUAAAGCACAGAUGAUAAGUGAAGGCACCAGUGACAUCAGUCCCAGUCCCCCUCGCACAUUGCCAUUAAUUGACGAAUUUCUUAUUUACUGUAUGCAAGUAGCUGUUGGCAUGAAGGAGGAGGUACUCGCUGACAUGUUCCAGGUACGUUUAGCCACUGUGACUCGUGUGACCAUCACCUGGGCCAAUUACCUCUACUUCAUUCUGGGGACGCUUCCACUUUGGGCGAGUCGGGAGAAGGUGAAGUCGGUCAUGCCAGGAAAACUCAAGAAGUGCUGUCCCAAUGUCCGUGUGAUACUGCACUGCACUGAGAUUCCUGUGGCGGCCGUCUCUUCACGGACCCUGCAAUCAGAAACGUCCUCCCACUCCAAAAACAGGACAACCUUGAAGGGGCUGAUCGGAGUCGCUCCCCACGGUUUGGUGACGUUCUUCUCGCCGCUGUAUGCCGGAAGCAUCUCUGGCAAGGACAUAACACAGAUCAGCGGACUCCUUCCCUUACUUGAGUCGGGGGAUGAAGUGAUGGCCGACGAAGGGUUCGUCAUCGAAGAGCUACUUUCUGGCGUCGGGGCAAAACUCGUCACUCCGCCGUUCGAGCGUUCAGGACAAUUUACAAGAGAGGAUACGGAGAAGACGCAAGCCAUAGCACGUCUCAGGACGGUGGUCGAAAGGGUAAUAGGCAGAAUUAAGUCCAAUCACAUCUGGGACUCACCUGUACCUCGCACUCUGAUGGGCACCGCCAGCCAGAUCUGGCACAACUGUUGUGUUAUGGUGAAUUUUCAAGGACCUUUGUCUUUUGAAGAAGACUGAGAUCUGGAGAGGAUAUUGCAUGUGAUGUUGUAUACUUAUCCUGGUUUUUGGGUUUGCUCUCUUUCUGCCAUUGGAUGGUGUGUAAAUAUAUGUAAAUAACUUUGAAACAACGAUAUGAGAAUUGUAAUGGGCAAUAAAAUGUGCAAUAAAAAAGAAAA